AUGGCUGAGAAAACACCAACCAUUACUGGUGCAAGCGGAUUGCACCAAAUCCCAUCCCUCCGGGGAACUGAGAAUUACAACACAUGGCGUAUACAGAUGGAAGAUAUACUUACCAAUCUCGAUCUGUAUAGCUAUGUAGACGGCACAAAUGAAAGACCCAAACCUAAGAUAAAAAUCAGGGUUACUGGUCGCAAAGACGAUGAUGGAAACGACUUACCCGAUCUUGAAGUAGGCAAUGAUGAUUCCGCAUACACGGAAUGGAUCAAAGCCAAUCGUAAAGCACUGUCAAAUAUUAGACUAAGAGUCGAAGGGAACGUACUUACACACAUACAAUCAUGUAAAUACUCCGCCGACGCUUGGAAUCUCUUGGCAGCAACAUUUCAAGUUAAGGGUACUGUUGGACUAAUUGACUUACAAAGAAAGUUCUUCAGCCACAGGAUGUCGGACAGCAAAGACAUUGAGGAACACAUACAAUGUAUGCGUGGAUGGUUCCAACAAAUCAAUGACAUUGCACCAAACUCGUGCACUGAAGCCGAUUGGAUAACCACGUUAGUAGCAAGCCUACCUGACUCAUGGGACACGUUCACCCAGUCUGUAAGCUUCGAAUUCAACACUGAAGACAAGAAUAAAUUAGCCAAUCAAGUGAGUGACCUACGCUCACGUAUUAUGGCCGAAGCACACCAAAGAAAUACCCAACAACCUGACGGUAAGAUUUUCUUUGCUACAAAUAAACCAAGCUUCAAUAAAUUUGUACGUACCAAUAUGAGUAAUAAAGGCCCAGAUAAGUCUAAAUCAAAAUGCAAUAACUGCGGAAAGAUUGGACACUGGGCAGCCAAAUGCCGAGGUCCAGGUGGAGGCGCAUUCAAGCCCAACCAUUCAAAUAAAGGUGGUCAACCAAACAGAAGAUUCAACACACCAGGAAAAGCUAGGAAUGGCAAUGCCCGCACGCAUAUAGCCAUAGCUAAUAACUCCAAACAUAAAGAAUAUGCGUUCUUGACCCUUGAGGACAAAAUAAGCCUGAUAGGCAAGACCCCCAACACCUGGAUAGCGGAUAGCGGCACUACUACUCACAUAGCAAUUGAUUGGAAUGCAUUCUCCAAUUAUACCAAGUCAUCUGGCUACGUUGCCGGAGUCACUGGCAAAGAGCCAAUAAUGGGCCGCGGCACUGUAGAGCUAUUGUGCUUAAAUAAUACAGAGAAGAACAAAUACACAAAGAUUAGGCUCACCAAUGUAGCUCACGUGCCAAGUUUGCCCGCAAACCUAAUCAGCUUAUCAUUAGUAACUGAUAAAGGCACUAGAAUUCUGAUGGAUCAGAAUGAAUUGCAAAUACUAGAUAAAAACAAUAGACCAAUCAUUAUCGGAUCAAAGUUGAAAAAUUGCAAACAAGGAAACCUUUGGAAGAUCAGCGUGAAACCCGUAAACAAUUGCAAUCAGAAGCUCGAGAACAAUAAACUUACUGAAAUAGUACUGACCAAACAAACCGGACGCACAUGGUUUGAAUGGCACAAGGUACUUGGGCACAUUGGCCCGCAAGCACUCCAACAACUAAAAUCCAACAAAGCAAUCAACGGAAUGGAGAUAAUAGAAGACAACAUUGGACUCAACUUUGAAUGCAACGUAUCAGACAAAGCACGUGCAAUGCUACUCAAAUUGGGCGCACCAAAGUUCCUUUGGAACAAAGCAAUUGCGUACGCCUGUUACCUGAAAAAUCGAGUACCGACGCAAGUGCAAGGAAAGUUCUGGAAAACGCCGUUCAAAGCGUUUUGGGGUAAGAGACCCAACGGGGAGAGCCGCUCUAAGUUAGAAUUGAAGACGUUCACGGCUCUAUUUACCGGCAUAUUGGACGUUCAAGGCAAAAGCUGGCGUUAUUACAAAACGGGAGCGAACCGUAUAUUGCACUCACGCAAUAUAUUGUUCCCAAGAACCCAUACACAGGCCAAUAACAUACACAACAACACGGAUUGGGGGGAAUCAGUCGUUCCACCUGCUGAGGGGGAGAGAAUGACUCGCACCAACAGCACUGCGGAACAAUGCAACAAAAAUGCUAGAACAGGGGGAGCAAAUCAAGUCAGUGAACAAAUCAAGUCAGAAACAAAACAUACUAGUGAGCUGAAAGAUAUAAAAAGCAAAGGAAAGAGCAAACAGAAAGCAUCAAACUCACCAAGCCAAUCUACUGAGCCUAAACUCACUACUCACGCUGCUGUUCCUAAACCCAGCUCUACUUGUUCUAAGCUUACUAUGCCCCACUCUGGGACUUGUCUUGAUACUGCUGAAUCUGCUUGCAAGAUCAAUGCAAACCCCUCCCUCAAGUCCUCUGGCGUCCAAACCCGUCGCCAAAACCCCAACAAGCCCAAGCUCACCUUGGACACCAACUAUGGAGGUGUCAAGAUCACUGUCAAAGACACUGCCGCCGCUCCCACCGGUUUGUCUAGCCCAAACAUCCCUGGUGCAUUCACUAACUAUGUUACAGAACUUGACAAAUACUGCAAUGACUCAGGAAGCAAUUACUCCAACGCAUACAUCCUUGGAACAAGCGCAAAUCAACACAAUUCAGUCACCAACAUCACCUUGUUUUGUUCCCACAUCCCCUCGCUUGUCUCCAACACCUCGUCUAUUAUAUCUGCCCCAACUAUCCCAACCAAACUCGCCUCUGAAUUGGCCGCACAGGAGGAACCACGGAUCCCGGCCUUCACCCCAACCGGUGAGUUGGCUGGACAAUUUGGUGAACUCAAACUUACCUCAGAACACUUCCCACCGCCAGCAGAAUCCAUCCUGGAGACCUUCACAAACAACAACCUGCACUGGGUUUUUGCCGCCAACCUUCUGGCAACCAGCAAUAACCCAACCACUGAGGAGGCAUUAUUGGGACCAGACGCGGACAAAUGGAAGGCAGCAAUGGAACAGGAGAUUGCAACCUUGGAGAAACAGGGAACGUACAACACCUCAACGCUCCCACCAGGCAGGAAGGCAAUGGGAUGCCAAUGGGUACUGUCGUAG